CAUCUUCAAUUCACACGCAGAUAAACCCGGUGAGUUCGUUCCUUUUUGUGUUUAUUCUUGUACUAUAUUGUUAUCGGCAUACUUUUCGUCAUGAGUGAUCCUAGCCCCAAGCUAGUACCAUUUUGGCCAGAUAAUGCUGAAACGUGGUUUCAGAUUGCUGAGUCUGAUUUUUGUGAACAUGGCAUAACUGAUCAACGUUCACAGUUCCUUGCAGUUAUUCACGCCCUACCGCGGGAAUUCAGCAGGUGCGUAACUCUGCAGAUGUCGGUGCAACGGGCACUGGACAGGAAACAAACGAAGCACGGGAUCCAACGAACAACACUGAGGAAGCUAUGUACAGACACCCUAUUAGCAUAGGCAGACAGACCAGCAGGCUCUCCAUCAAGCCGCUUGGAAGAUUUUUUUCACCCAUCAGGGAACCAUCGAGAUUUUUUUACUUCCGGCUGGUC